AUGAGUGGCUAUUACCAAUCGCCUUUCCUUGAACAGGAUCUCCCCACUGCGUUCUCCACUCGACCCAUACCAUCGCCAUUUAACCCCUCCGCCAGUCGCCAAGAUAGCGCACUGGACGCGCCAGGUGCAGACGUGGAGCCUGCACAGAAAUCGAAGACUGUGUCUAAGAAGCGUCGACCAUCAGGCAAUAGUCAAUCAGAUGUGAGCUACCAUCACUACUUUUUCAAGCACGAUGCCGAUCAUUUUCUUCAUGUCCAUCUAAUCGAAGAAGCCUUGUUGUUUGAUCCGCUGUUGUACGCGGUUGUUGGUUUCGCCGCCUUUCAAUAUAGAGUGAAGCAUGGUCACGGAGAUAGCCUGGAAUUCUUAGAGUACUACAACAAAUCAGUGUCGACGCUCCGACAAUCUCUUGCGAGUGGUGAGCCCCACAAGGAUGGCACGAUGCUGACUGUUCUUCAAUUGGCUACAUUCGAGGAAUACAUGGGAGAUUUUGUUAGCCUUUUGAGUCAUCAGCAAGCAGCGUUCCGGAUGUUGCUGGAACUGUACAAUACCGAUUCGAUUCUUGAGAGUGAGCUGCGGCGAAAAGUCCUCGAAUGGUACCUCAAAUUCGACAUCACAAGCAGUAUCAUGUCUGGGAAUGAGACUGCAGCAAGCCGAGGCUGGUUCUCAUCAAUCGCGGAUUAUUAUCGUGGCCUGACUUCUCAAUGUCCCGAAAACAUCGACUAUAAAAUUGAGACUGCCAUUGGAGAUCAUCGACUGACCUGUGUCGACAUGACUACCAUGUUCGCUCGCUUCUCGAAAGGUGAGAUCACACCCGAAGAUUUCAAGAUCAAGUGCGAAUCAUUCAGCCAGGAGCUGAAUCGAUGGCGAGAUAAAUUGGACCCCGUGUUCUCUGAUGAUCGAUAUCGUAUGUGGAUCUUUAGCAACAGAUCUCGUGAGGAAAAUGACAUAGUUGAUCCAUUCAUGGCGGGUGGCUUGUACAAGGGUCCACUCGCAACGUUUAAUUUCAUGACCGCCGACUGGAUCGCGAUUUUAGCAAUGUUUAAGUACAAGAAAGCUCUGUUGUUGGGGGAGACCCUGCCCCCUGAGCUUCCCGAAUUAGCUUUGGAGCUCUGCAGAAUCUUUGAAGCAAUUGAGUACUCUCCUGAAUUGCCACCUGAAGCAGUCUUAAAGGCGCAGGGUAUUCUUGGAGUGGCAAGUUUGUUUCUCCCGAAGGACGAAAGACACACAAUGUGGUGCCGAAGGAAAUUAGCGAAGAUUGAAGCACUUGGGUAUGCAUCUUCAGAUUCCGAUUGCUUAUUCAUCCUUUACUCGGAAGAUAGAUUGCGUUGA